AUGACAGUGGAGAAGCAGCUUGUGGCUGCAGCCACCACAGCGUCUGUGGUCGCACUGACCGCUUGUCUCAUCGUACUUCCGGGACUCUACAAAGAUCUCAUCGAGAUUCAUGAUCUGGUAAUGGACGCAGUAGCAGUGUUCCGUCAGCAGACCGAUACAGCGUGGAACGAAAUGAUGGCAAUUCAUACUCGUUUGUUGCCGCCGUCAGAGCCUAUAAAUCCGUUUACCUCGAUAUUCCGAUCAAAGAGAAAAGCAUUACCACCCUGGUGUCAUUGUGAACCGAUCAAGGUCGACUGCCCUCCGGGACCUGCUGGGCCGCCAGGACCUCCAGGAUUGCCUGGCACGCCUGGGAUGCCUGGCGCACCAGGAAAAGACGACACAACUGUUUACGCACCAAUACACUGCCCUGCUCCACCACUUGGCUGUGUCAGAUGCCCUGCAGGACCCCCGGGACUACCAGGACCAGACGGACCUGAAGGUCCUCCUGGAAGGCCUGGUGGCCCAGGAUUGCCUGGUAUACAUGGCCAAGACGGCAAAGCUGGAUGCGAAGGGGCUCCUGGAGAUCCAGGUGUGGAAGGCAAUCGAGGAACAAAUGGUCGUGACGGCGAAAAGGGCAAAGAUGGAGUAAAAGCUUUGCCUGGACCACGAGGCGCUCAAGGCCCUACAGGAGCCCCUGGCGUUGCGGGUAAGCCAGGUGCAGAUGGAAAGCCUGGUGCACCUGGAGAAAAAGGAGCUAGAGGAGAGCCUGGACAGAAGGGAGCAUCUGGUUUGAAUGGACCUGACGGCGGCCCUGGAAUGCCAGGUAUGGCCGGUUUGCCUGGCAACGAUAAGGAUUACUGCGAAUGUCCACCACGUGGAAGAAGGAAGUUGAAGAAGAGUGCAUGA